UUUACCACAACCAAGUUUCAAACAAAAUGAAGUGCAUUAUUUUGUUCAGCGCGAUCGUAAUUUUAGUAACGCUUGCAAUUGAUACCAGUUACAGUUCCGCUGCGACUUCUAAGCCUUUUGUACGCAGCCGUUAUAGCAAACGUUGGCGAAUCGUAUUGACCACCGAAUCAAAUGCUAGCAACAACACUUUAACAACAGAUCCUCAGCAUGCUAUCGCAGCUGGUAUGAAAUUCGGAGAAACGACUACAGUGAACAACAUUGCAAUCGUUGGCGAUACUACGACUAUUGGACACCCUGUAGAGGUGCCCAGUACAAAGUCAACUGAUUCAAAGAGUACGCUUUUAAGGGGUCCACAUAGCACCACAACCGAACAUCCUAGACACCAUGGGCCAAAUGGUUUGCCAUUAGACUAUGACUACUAUAGUAAUGGUAGUGAAAAUGAGGAGGAACCAGGACAUAAAUAAGCUGUAAAAACCCGUUUAUAUAAAUUGAGUGAAAAGCGAAGUCUUGCUUAAUAGCAGUAGAGCAGCUGAAUUCUUUUUUUCACAUUAUUUGAUCUCUAAAAUGUAAAUUUUUUUUGAUUUCUUUUAACAAAAAUUUUAAAUUGACAAAAUCCAUUUGCAUGUUAAACUGUUUUUAUUCAAAAGAAGCAAUUGAAAAUCAGGUUUUG